UCGGCCGCACGAGCGGCGGAAUCCUCCAAACCGCGUCCGCGUCCCCAUCACCCCCGCGUCACCGCCUCCUCCUCCUCCGCCGCCGUCGCCCUCGCGCUCGCGCUCUCCUCUCCUCGCCGCCUCGCCGCCUCGCAUGGCCGCGUCCUACUACAACAACCCGCCGCCGCCGCACUCCUCGUACGCGGCCCCGCCUCCGCCGCCGCCGCCGCCGCCGGGCACCUCCCUGUACGCCUCCUACCGCCACCACGCCUACCCUCCUCACCCGCCGCCGCCGCCCGCGUACGUCGGCGCGUACUACGACCACGCGGCGGAGCCACUGCCGCCGCGCGACGAGCUCCGCACGCUCUUCAUCGCGGGCCUCCCCGGCGACGCCAAGGCCCGCGAGGUCUACAACCUCUUCCGCGACUUCCCCGGCUAUGUCUCCUCCCACCUCCGCACCUCCGGCAAAUCCUCGCAGGCAUAUGCGUUCGCUGUCUUUGCAGAUCAACCUUCUGCCUUAGCUGCAAUGAGUGCCACAAACGGAAGGAUAUUUGACCUUGAGAAUAAUUGCACACUGCAUGUAGAUCUUGCGAAAUCUAAUUCAAGAUCAAAGCGCUCCAGAACAGAUGAUGUUCCGUCUUAUUCCUCUGAGAAAAAAGCUAGAAAUCCGAGGGGAUUUCCUGAUUCAGGUGCUGGAAGCAAUAUUCACAUGUCUGGAAUGGGUAAUUCUUCACACAGCUUGAAUGGUUAUCCUUCUGCACAAAGUUACACGAACUUUGAGCCUGCUGCUUUCAGCAAGGACCCAUCAGCAUUUGCCCCUCAAAACAAUCCUCCUUGCCCUACACUCUUUGUUGCUAACCUUGGUCCAACUUGCUCUGAGCAAGAGCUAAUAGAUGUUUUCUCAAGUUGCGCGGGAUUCAUAAAGGUGAAGAUGCAAAACAAGUUUGGAGCUCCAGUUGCAUUUGUGGAUUUCAAGGAUAUGGACAGUUCAACUGAAGCCAUAAACCGUCUCCAAGGAGUUAUUUUGUAUUCAUCAACUGGCGAGGGGAUGCGUUUAGAAUAUGCCAAAUCUCGGAUGGGCCUGCGUAAGCAGGAUAAGCGCCAAUAGAUAUGAUAGACGAGGCUGCAGUUGUUUCUCAUACAGCGCAACUGGCAGUGGAGCAUGAUGUUUCCUGACUGGUCUUCCAAGUGCUGUUUAGUCUGAUGACACAAUGUUUUGUUCAGUGAAAUGUUUUGCUCAUGAUGUUAGGUUAUGGUGCAUCGGUGGUCUUUCAGUUCCAUAACAUUUUGUAAUUGGGUUUGGUAACUUAAGCUGUACCUGUGUAGUUGUCUUACCUUCUGGUUCUUUUCAACCCUAUACUUUCUAGGCUGUUCAUUAGCUACUGUUGAAGUCAGCAUACCCAUGUAAUCAUGUUCAAACUUCAAACAAUCAAACUAGUUGUAACUUUUGAAAGAUCAAAUGGUUCGGUGCCAAAUUAACUGUACUUGGUCAUUAAUGACAACAUGGUGCCUGGUCCAAUUGGGGGUUA